AUGGAAGCAACUCUGACUCUCAGUGGGUGCACUGUAUUCCAGGAGCCGAACACAACUGGAGCACACAUCAUCACUCUUCAGCUAUCCGGAGAAGACAUUACAGCUCUGAAGAGCAAUGUGUACUUUGCAACACCUGUAGGUGGUUCCAGGGUGUAUGCCUCGGAGAACACCUUCCUGUUCUUCACUUCGAGGGCAUUCUAUGACACCAAUUCAAAUCCAGUAAAUGAAUUACCAGAGCCAAGACCCGUCGAUACAUUCAUACCUGACUUCACCCGACCAGAGCUGUUGUCAUUCACAUAUGACCAGCACUUGGGUCACAUCAAUCUCACGUUCAAUGAUGUGGUUGAUGCGGCUACGUUUGAUGCUAGAGCCAUUACUCUCCAACACAGUGUAAACCGAGCUCCACAGAGAACAUUCACGCCUUCAAGUGCCACAAAAACCUCCAGCGGUGAUGGAUAUCUGAUUGUGGUCGAGCUGGAUCAUUUUGAUCUCUUGGCAUUGAAAUCAAACACAGGACUUGCAAGAAAUGAGAACGACACCUAUCUCACUAUUGCUGCAUUUUUGAUUGAUGACAGAAAUGGAUUCGAUGUUGCACCCAUCACAGACGGGAAGGCCAUCGCUGUUGAUGUGUUUAUUCCCGAUCUUGUCCCACCAACUCUGGAGAACUACACCAUGGACAUGGACGUGGGUCAAAUCCUACUGUCAUUCUCUGACACUGUAAACCUUACCACCUUUGAUCCAACUGGCAUUGUAAUCCAAGCAUUUGAGAAUGCAACUGAGGAGAGUGUGGACAAUGUUCUACGACUGAGUGGCGGAGAGACACAGAGAUCAGAGGAUGGGCUCAUUAUCACUGUACACCUUGUGGCAGAUGACCUCAAUGAACUCAAACGAAACACCAAUCUCUCAACUGGUUUUGGUGAUACAUACUUGGCCAUUGAUGAGGCAUCUGUUUCUGAUUUGGCUGGAAAUCCUGUUGUGGGCAUCAAUGAUACACAAGCUGUCCAGCCUGCCAUGUUCCAUCCCGACAACUCCACCCCCUUCCUCCUCUCAUUCAAUCUUGACAUGAACUCUGGAAUCCUAUUCCUUACAUUUGAUGAGACAGUUGAUGCGCAGACACUCAACGUGUUGCAGAUCACACUACAGAAUGCCAGGUCGAUGUCAUCACAGAAUUACACCCUUGGACCAGCCAGCAGCUCAUCUCAAAACGAUAGUGUCACCAUUGAGAUAUACCUGUCAGCAGAGGAUGUGAAUGAAAUAAACAGAAGAAGAUAUCUUGCCAGUGAUGAGUCCAACACCUAUUUGACUGCUACGAAACUGGCUGUUCAAGACAUGAAUCGAAACACUCUGUAUCCAAUCUCCACGGAUGAGGGUAUCAGAGUUAAUAACUUCACACGAGAUGAAAUAUCUCCACAGCUGCUGCAUUAUGACCUGGAUAUGGAUGAAGGGUUACUUACCCUCUACUUUUCUGAAGUAGUUGACUAUGCCAGUUUUGAUCCAUCUACCAUGACCCUUUAUGCAUCAAAUGACACAUCCUUGUCUACAACCAACUAUACUCUAGUAGCAGGAGAAGUGCUUUCUUCAGAUGACACAGAAAUCUAUUUUUAUCUUGACAUAACAGACCUGAAUGAAAUCAAGAGGCUCUCAGCACUGGCCGUUGAUAACGAGACGACUUUCCUGUCAUUCCUAUCCACUUUGGUAGUUGAUACAUUUGACAACAAUGUAACAGAAGACACUCUAAGGCCAGUAAGAGACUACAUACAAGACACAACACCUCCAGAGUUGGAUGAGUUUGUACUGGACUUGGACGAAGGAGAACUAAGUCUCACUUUCAAUGAGACUGUCAAUGCAUCAUCUCUGAAUAUUGAAGCGAUAACUGUUGUAAGUGGCACACACCCCAUGGCAGAGAACUACAGACUGAGAUUCAGCUCCUUCUCUCUCCGUGACAACACCUCGGUGGUGGUCUACCUGGCACAGGAGGACCUCGACCAAAUCAAACUGAACCGACAUCUGGCUACGAAUGAAAACAACACAUUCCUGAGCUUGUCUGACAGCCUUGUGCGAGACAUGAGUGGGAGUCUCUUCAUAGAGAGUGUGCACUCCGGUGAACUCAUAGACGACCAACGAGAACCUGAGCUGAUCGAGUUUGCAUUUGAUCUCAAUCGUGGGAUCGUCACUCUCAACUUCUCAGAGGCUGUGAAUACUUCAAGUCUGAAUGUCAACUCCCUGGUAUUUUAUGGCUCUAAUACUACUGUUAACACCUCCAGCUAUAGACUUAUGCCACCGACUGGAACUUAUGCCGACAACAGUAAGGUGUUUACUGUCAUCCUCUCUGAUGAUGAUCUCAAUGCUAUCAAGGCAGACUAUGAACUUGCAAGUGACAGCGAAAACACAUACCUUGCAGUCGAAUCUGAUGCCAUUGAGGAUAUGAACGGAAAUUCGGUUACAUCGACUCCAGUACCAGUGAUGGCUGCAGACUUUGAUCCAGAUGUCAGCUCUCCUAACCUAACAAAUGCCACCUUUGACUUCAAUGGUGGAGUGUUGACCCUGACAUUCUCAGAGACUAUCAACAUCGGUACUUUCCAGUCAGUUGAAGUGACACUGCAGAAUGACUUUAAUGAACCUCCCAGCUCACUACCACUGAGUGGUGGAACUGUCUCUGAAGAUAACUCCACUACUGUCAUAGUUUAUCUACUUGAGAAUGAUCUUAACCUUCUCAAGAGCUACUCAGAACUUUUCACAACUAUCUAUCAAGCAUGGGUGUCCGUGUCUAACAUGACGGUCGAAGACAUGAGCGGGAAUUCAAUCAAUGAAGAUACCAUCCGGGUUUCCCACAUCAUUCAAGACGAUGAAAGGCCAGAAGUCGGUAGUUUUGAGCUCGAUCUGGACAAGGGAACACUCACCAUCACUUUUUCAGAGACCAUCGAUCCAGACUCCCUGUCCAUUGACAAUUUGUGGAUCCAAAACACGGAGUUGAAUGCUACAGAUGAACAUCAGCUCUCUGGUACCGGGAGUGUGGCCGUCUGGAAUAUCACAAUUGUGACCAUCACCCUGUCUGACUCUGAUCUUGACAGCAUCAAACUCCUGGAGGCUCUUGCAGUCGACAACGAAACAACGUACCUGAGAUUCAACAACAACACAGCCACAGACACGGCACUGACACCAAACAGUCUGGCAUCACUCAAUGCAACCCAGGGCAUUCAGGUGGCCCUGUUUACACCAGAUCAGACGCCACCCAGAGUUGGUUAG